AUGUCGACGCCGAGGCGACGCAUAUUUGGCGGUCGUGACGACGACCCCCCAGCGAGUUCACGCGACUCAAGUCCUGCGCCUGCAGCACCGAAAGAAGCUGGAGGAGACGCAUACCGGAUCGUGCCUAAAGAGAGACUCGAGAAGCUCAAGAGACAGGUCAAGCCACGAGGCGGCAAGAGGCGAAAUGCAUGGAUCUUUGGUCUGGGUGGAUUAUUCGGCCUGCUCGCUGCAGGCUUCUUCGCCGGUAGUAAUGGCGGCAUCGACAAGUUGAUCACGAUGGCUGGUCUGGAGGAGAUGAACCUGGAUAGUGUCCUGGACGUCCUACCUACUGGUUUGAUCCGCGAUAUUCGUGAUCUUCAGUCCCGUGAGAAAGAAGCCGUUGAUUACGAUUCAUUCGCUGUCGGUCUACAUGCGCGACAAGAAGGCAUUAAAGCCAAAUAUCCCGUCAUCAUGAUACCUGGAGUUAUCUCGACUGGACUGGAAAGCUGGGGCACCGAAGACGAGUCGAGACAGUACUUCAGAAAGAGGUUGUGGGGAUCGUGGAGCAUGAUGAGGGCGUUGGUGCUUGACAAGGCAAGCUGGAAGAGACAUAUCAUGUUGGAUAAGAUCACUGGUCUCGACCCGCCUGGCAUAAAGCUGCGUUCGUCCCAAGGUUUCGAUGCUGCCGAUUUCUUCAUAACAGGAUACUGGAUCUGGAACAAGAUUCUGGAGAAUCUGGCGACGAUAGGGUAUGAUCCCACGAACGCUUUUACAGCUGCGUAUGAUUGGCGGCUAAGCUACAUGAAUUACGAGAUUCGCGAUCAGUAUUUUACCAGGCUGAAGAACCACAUCGAAGUUGGCAAGCACGUCAGUGGAGAGAAGGUUGUGCUACUAUCGCAUUCCAUGGGAUCCCAAGUGCUGUUCUACUUCCUCCACUGGGUUGAAGCAGAAGGUCAUGGUAACGGUGGCAAGACCUGGGUCGACGACCACAUCGAAGCCUGGAUCAACAUCUCCGGAUGCAUGCUUGGCGCUCUGAAGGACCUUCCAGCUGUGUUGAGUGGUGAGAUGCGAGAUACUGUCCAACUCAACGCUUUUGCUGUCUAUGGUCUCGAGAAGUUCUUGUCGCGAGCAGAACGCGCGGAGAUAUUCAGAGCUAUGCCCGGCAUCUCGUCCAUGCUGCCAAUCGGCGGAAACGCUGUUUGGGGUGAUGAGAAUGGUGCCCCUGACGACAAGUUCAACCAGACGGUGACUCAUGGAAAGUUCGUCAGCUUCAAGGAGGUCAAUAACACUAGGACUCCUGGCAAUUUGACAGUCAACGAAGCAUUACCAUAUCUGUACAAGAACACCCCGGACUGGUACGUCAAUGCUGUGCAAACCUCAUACAGCCAUGGCGUCGCGCACAGCAAGAAAGAGGUCGAAGACAAUCAACUCAUCCCUGCGAAAUGGAUGAACCCGCUUGAGACCCGCCUGCCACUUGCGCCGAAUAUGAAGAUAUAUUGCUUUUAUGGCAUUGGUAAGCCAACGGAAAGAGCAUACUUUUACCACGAAGAAAAGGACUUGAACAACCAGACUAUGGUCACCAUUGACACCACAGUCAACACGCCUGAUGGCCAAGUCGAUCACGGCGUCGUAAUGGGCGAAGGUGACGGCACAGUAAACCUGCUCUCGACAGGUUACAUGUGCAACAAAGGCUGGAAAAUCAAUCGGUACAACCCCGCCGGCAUACCGGUCAAGACAGUAGAAAUGCCGCACGAACCGGACAUGUAUAGCCCUCGUGGUGGCCCUAACACAGCCGACCACGUCGACAUCCUUGGACGGUCCUCACUGAACGAUCUCAUCCUUCGAGUCGCCGGCGGCAAAGGACAUUUAGUCGAGGAGCGAGUCGUCAGCGAUAUUCACGAGUAUGCCGAAAAAGUGAAGAUCUACGAUGAAGAGCCUGAGCCAGCCAGAGACUAG